UCCCACUCAGGGUCAGUCAGGAGGACUCAAUGACACCACUACUGCACCCAUGCUUAUUUUGUAUCCAUUCAUCAAAUUAGUUGUAUAUCGGUGUGAUAUAUAACUUGAAAGGCUGUUCAUCUAUACUUACAUUACACUUGGAUUAAGUGUCAGUGUGGAGUGGGAACUCUAGGACUGCUUAUCUUGAGGUCUGUGAUGACUAUGGACAGUGCACUAUGGUGACUAGAGGUAAAGGCUACCCAGAUUGGCUGCCAUGAUCAGCACAUCAAGCACUCGUCCGUUCCUGGCGGUUGCGCCUCGCAUUUCUCCAAACAUGGCCACAGACACAGAGGAGGACAGUGAGGAUGAAAUACAUGAAACCUCUCCUGGCCCAGGGCGUCUGUUCAAUGUGAACAACAGUAACAACAAUGAGGAGGAGGAGAAGAAAAAGAAGAAAAAGGAGAAGAAAGAAAAGAAAGAGAAAAAAGAAAAAGCUUCAAAAACUUGUAUUUGUUUUCUCAGGAAAAAGAAAGAAAAGAUGAAGCAGAAAGAGCAGGAGGAGAAAGAAAAGGAGGAGAAAGAAAAGGAGGAGAAAGAAAAGGAGGAGAAAGAAAAAAAGGAAAAAGAGGAAAAGGAGAAAAAGGAGAAAGAGAAAAAGGAGGGGCCCAAAGAAGGGUUUUUCAUUAAUCCAGCUGGCAGUCUGUACUACAACUGGCUGUUCAUUAUCACAAUACCAGUCAUGUACAAUUGGACCAUGAUAAUAGCCAGGGCCUGCUUUGAGGAGCUGCAGCAUAAUCACCUAGUCACCUGGAUGAUUCUGGAUUACAUCUCUGAUGUCCUCUACCUGGCUGACAUGGCCUUCAGGACCAGGACAGCCUACCUGGAGCAAGGCCUGCUGGUCAAAGACAAGAAGCUACUGUUGGAGCGUUAUAUCAGCAGCCUCCAGUUCAAGCUGGACGCCGUCUCCAUGCUGCCCACCGAUGUGUUUUACAUCUACCUGGGGAUCAACUACCCCGAGAUCCGCCUCAACAAGCUCCUCCGAAUCACGCGUAUGAUGGAGUUCUUCACCCGCACCGAGACCAAGACCAACUACACCAACCUCUUCCGCAUCUCCAACCUGGUCAUGUACAUCAUCAUCAUCAUCCACUGGAACGCCUGCCUCUACUACUCCUUCUCUAAGUCCAUCGGCUUCGGCUCUGACCCCUGGGUCUACCCGGACCUGAAUGACCCAGAAGAGCCAGAGUUCGGGGAACUGGGGAGGAAGUACUCCUUCAGCCUCUACUGGUCCACACUGACGCUGACCACCAUCGGCGAGACGCCAUCACCGGAGCUGGACUCAGAGUUCUUCUUCCAUGUGCUGGACUUCCUUGUGGGUGUGCUUAUCUUUGCCACCCUGGUGGGCAACAUCAGCUCCAUGAUCUCCAACAUCAGCGCCGCGCGGGUCGAGUUUCAGGCACGCAUCGACAACAUCAAGCAGUACAUGCAGAAGUGGAAGGUGGACAAGGAGCUGGAGCUGCGAGUCAUCACGUGGUUCGACUACCUGUGGACCAACGACAAGGCUCAGGAUGAAAGGGAGACGCUGCGGUACCUGCCCGACAAGCUCAGGGCCGAAAUCGCCAUUAACGUCCACCUGGAUACUCUCAAGAAGGUCCGCAUCUUCGCUGACUGCGAAGCAGGCCUGCUUAUUGAGCUGGUGCUCAAGUUGCAGCCUCAGGUCUUCAGCCCUGGCGACUACAUCUGUAAGAAGGGUGACAUCGGCCGUGAGAUGUAUAUUGUCAAGGAGGGCAAGCUGGCGGUGGUGGCUGACGAUGGCGUCAAGCAGUUCUGCGUGCUGGGAGAUGGCAGCUACUUUGGGGAGAUUAGUAUCCUAGCGAUAAAGGGUUCUAAGGCAGGGAACCGGAGGACGGCCAACAUCCGCAGCAUUGGCUACUCAGAUCUCUUCUGCCUGUCCAAGGAUGACCUGAUGGAGUCAUUGACCGAGUACCCGGAAGCCAAGGGCAUGCUGGAGGAGAAAGGUCGUCAGAUCCUGCUGAAGGACGGCCUGCUGGAACUGGACCCUUCCAAAAUUAUCCCCGAAACCACAGAAAUCGAGGAAAAGGUGAACCGCAUGUACAGCAACCUGGAGUUGAUGCAGACCAAGCUGAAGAAGCUGCUGGGAGACUACAGCACCAGCCAGAGGGCAACGAGGGAACGCAUCGCUGAGAUAGAGAGGCUGACUGGAGAGGUUGUAGCAGAGGAGGACCUAGAUGAGGAGGAGAAGGAGGGAGGGGAGGAGGAGAAGGAGGGAGGGGAGGAGGAGAAAAAGGGAGAGGAGGAAGAGAAAAAGGAAGCGGAGGCAGAGGAGAAGAAGGAUGAGGAGAAGAAAGAGGAGGAGGAGGAGGAGGAGGAGGAGGAGGAGGAGGAAAAGUAGAGUUUUUGUGAGAUUAAUUAUUUUUGUGUGUGUGGUCUUAACACAAUUUGAGCUAACUGGAUAUAGACCAUUAGAAAAAUAAAAACUGCUUGAAUUGAAGUCUGCUUGAAUAUUGGUUAAAACAAAGGGCAUUUUUUUCUGGUUGAAGGGUUUUCAGCUUUUGGAAAAUCUAUGAUUAUUGAAAGCUGAUGUAACAGACUUAUUACACUAUUUUUAUUAAGAUAAUUCAACUACUAGAGGGCACCAGAGGCCAUAAAACUACAUGUAUCACUUUCACACAGGUCUUUUUUAAAUGUUUGGACCCCAUGUGUAACACACAAAUUGACCACAUGAAGAAAGUAUAUGAUAUGAAUUGGCAAACUGCCAGUCGGAAAGCAAUACUGCCCAAGCUUGACUAUUGUGCUGUGGUUAACCCUCAAACUACUCAAACUACUAUCAAUAUUUUUUAGCAUAGCCCAAAGUUAGUUUAUUAAAUUCUUCAAAUGUU